AAAUUAUUUAUUUGACAGUAAACGAUAAAUAAAAUAGUACAUCAUUAACAAAUGAUGACGAUUUGUUUGCAACAAAGUUCAAAUUUUUGCACACGAUAUUGUUUUCUAAAAAAUUGAAAUAUGACUGAAAAAGCCUUCGAUAGUGAUGGAAAACCAAUCGUGCCGUCUAGACCACUUGUAAAAAGGAUCUUAGCUAACGAUCCGAAGACAUUUUGUGGAAAAUACAUGUUGAAAGAAAUGAUUGGAGAUAAUUUUGAUUGUGACGGUCAUUAUGAGCGCAAUAAAAAACAUGCGUGGGCAGUUGUAAAUUCUUCAAAUAUUAUCCCUGUUCCUUCUGAAUAUAAUGGAAAGCCAGAAAAUUUACGUAGCAGUGCUGCUACUUUCUACACCACUCCAAUUUCAUCUAUAUGGCAAUCAGAGUGUGGCAAUUUCAUUUUGUUCCCUCCUGAUGAUGCCUACACUUUUACUACGAUUGAAAAGUUUCACACCAAGGACUGGUUUCUUAGGAUCAAUUUUAAAGAAUAUUUGUGUUACCCAUCGAGUGGCACAAAAUUCAACAUUCGAAAUCCAACGAAUUGGAAGCAAUUUAUGGGAGAUUGUAAGAAAAUACUAAUGCGUCGAGUUUUGAGUGAUUCCGAGGCGCCGAGCAAUAAAUCUAAACCGUCGGAGAAACAAGCAACUAACACAUUCAAAAAGCUUCUAGUGAAAAGUGGAAUAAAAGCUGUUGACAGAAAAUUACCAUCUGCAAUCAACAUUUUUGACCAAGAUGCUCCUACCAGUCAAUCUCGAUCUUUGAAGCGCAAGUUUUUUGAUGAGGUGAUGUCCUCUGCUGACAAAUUAGAACCGAAGUAUAAGAAGCUGGCGAAGGGUAAUAAAUUGGCAGAAAAAGAUCCCAAGGAUUCGAAAAAAUUGCUUGAGAAAACAGAAUUGAGAAAGCAGCAAACCAUAAAAAUGAAAACUUCACCAGUAUCAGCGAAACAAAAAUUGGCUUCUGAUAUAUCUUACAAAUCAGACAAAGCGAUGAAACAAACUAACUUAUUUCCGAAAGAAGAUGACGAAGCUGGUCCAAAAUUGCAAGCUCUUGUGGAUUCAAAUUCAGGAACACAUGGCAGUCAAAGGUUGUGUGACUCUGACUUUGACAGUCCUCAACCUGGCAGUAUUCCAAGCAGCUCAGAUAUAGAAUUGACUAAUCAAGGGCAAGAAGUUCUUGAUGUUGUUGUUGAACGAAAUCUCCUACCACCACCAUCCGCAGUUGCUUCACCAAUUAUUCAACAAGAAACCAGGGCCAGGAGACGCAAUGUUAGUUCUGCUGUAAUUAAUUAUGCAGAAACGAAAAGUGACAGUGGAUCUGAUUUCGCUCAACCAACUUUAUUCGAUUUUUCAAUUCCUCCACAACAACCAGCAAUUCUGAAACCUAUUGUACAUAAUAAAAGCAUAGUGACUGCUGUCCCCAAAACUCCAUCUCCAACUAGAUUAAUUGUUCCAACCCGAGGUUAUACCUCUGUUCCUGUUGUUGCCAUACCCCGGGACAAAGAAAUGCAAGAUCUAUUUUCAACUAUGAGCACUCAAAAUAUGGUGACCAGCAGUCAAGUCAGCAAUUUUGAUCUCAAUAACACAUGCGCUUCGGUCAUCAAGUAUAUGAAUGAAAAUCCGUCUGGAAGUGGAAUUUUGUUAAAUCUGCUAACAACCGUCAAAGACAUUCAGGUUGACCAAAAACUAUUGAAAAAUCAAUUUCAGCUUUUGGUUUCAACUCUCAAUCGCGAUAGGAGGUUUUUAACAAUCGAUGGGAACAGUGAUUUUUACUUCUCCAUGGCAAGCGAAAUUCAAAAAAUUUGCCAAUUACCUUUGUCAAAAAUUGGCGAUUUGUGCGUUGCCGAAGAAAUGUUCAAGAAUGCUGAUUAUGUCAGCUUCUUGUUAAUGAUUUUCGUUACGAAUUCGGUUGCUGGUGGCCCAGUGGGAAUGGUGGCUGGGUUUGUGUGGGAUAAGUUUUUUACUCCAAGCUUAUCCAGCCUCAUUGCCUGGGCCAGCAUUGAUGAAUGCAGGGAAGAUGGCUUCAAAGAAUUUGGUAGGAAAGAUCGGGAGAAGAAGAAAUUGCUGUUGUUUAAAUCACGUUUUCCGAGAUUGACCCAAAUGAUUUACCACAUCAUUCGGCGACGUGCAAUGCUGAGUGAAGAGAAACCACCGUCAACAUUCAAAAUGAAUGAAGAAAUUAAGAAAGCUAGGGCUGUCAGCGUCAGAAGAUAUACUACUGGAAUGUAUAUUACGGACUUUUAAGACUCCUCUUCAGCGUAUCCCGGCAGAUUGUGUUUGGCAAUGUUUUCUGAAGAUAUAGACCAGGGACCGGAAUUUAAUCAAGCAGAUUUCAAAGAAGAUCAGAAAGUCCGAAGAAAUACGUGCUUCAUUUGCUCCAAUAGAAGUGCUAUUUGUCAAAACGAAGCUGAAGGAUCUGCUGGUGACAAAUUGGGCCGAACAAGUCGAAAUAAGUCGAAGAAAUAUUCUGCAGCUGCUAAGAAAAAGGCGAAGAAAUUCGUGAAGAAAAAUAAUACAGUAGAAAAAACUGCUGGUGGAAGUUGUAGACGACCAAAUCGAAGAGUCAAUGAGAAACCGAGGAGGGAGUUUUUGAAUUAUUGUUCGUUUGCUCAUCGCUUUCAACGUAUUGAAGAAAGAGCGAUGAAUAAUAUGUCUGAAGGAGUUUCAUUCUUGGAUUAUCCGGCGAUGACAAACCAAUUGAUUGAGGUGCUGAUUUGCUGAGAAGAAAGUUACACAAGCGAAUUUUAAGUUUGUAUAUACUUUUGAUAUUAUCUUUAUAAAUGUUCUGAUCUUUAAAAUGAGUAGAAUCAUUUUUGGUAAUGUUAUCUUGAAUUUUAUAGUAUUAUUUUUUUAUACUUAAAACUUUUUUCUUUUUUUUUAGACUUUAAAAAUUUCUAUUUAUGAUUUAUAACAUAUAUUUUUAAAGUUCUGCUUUCACGAUAUUUGGUUUUAGUUGGCUCACUGUUUAAUAUAACUUUAAUUUAGUAAAUUUGAAACUCAAUUAAAUAAUCAAUUAAAGCUAGUGAGUAAGUCACUUUGAUUCAAUAACACCGAGGAAUUUAUGACUUAAAUUUUUUUGCUUGAAUAGAUUCCAAUUAUUUUUAUAUACUAUAAACAUUGUCAGUUUCUAGCUCAUUUAGUAUAUUCAAUGACGAUCAAUUGUGAAGCGACAAUAACAUUGUGAAAUUUUUAUAGGCAUAUGUUUGGUGUGCAUCUUAAGAUCAUGUUGGGGUUUUUAAUAAAUGUUGAAUUUUUUCCACACAAAAAUUAUAGUAACUGUUAUACAUUUAUUUUAAUAAAUCAACAGGAUGAUAAAAUUUAAUUUGUGUACGUAAACUUGGUCAAAUUUAUCUAAAAUACGUUUUUAAUAUGUUAUAUAUAUGAAAUUAGUUAUCAUAAAGUUCAAAAUCAAAACUUUUUGCCUGCAGUGGAAAAGCUAAGAAAAAGGACUUAGCCCGAAGAUUCGUUUUAUACAAAUAAAUGCAAUAAUAUAAGGGAGUUAGAUGAAAGAUUAAUAAUAAAGAAAAGUUUCAUUUGUUGGUUUUGUUUAUUCUUUACAUUAAUAUAUAUAGAAAAUAUUUUGUAGGGCUGUCAACUUUAUUGAAAAGGUGAUAGUUCAAUUUCAGCUUCAAUUAAUAAAGUUUUUGAUAAAGCUAUGUCAAAAAGUGUUCAAUCAUUUUUUAAUAAAGCAGGGAGAUAUGACAAAAGAUUAUUUUAAAAACAUUGUUGUACAAAGCAAGUAGAAACAAUGCUGUCACAUGUAACAAAAUUCGAUUCGGUGUCAGUUCGUCAAUGCGUUGAUAGGCGAUCAAGAGAGCUCCUUAAAAAAUAAAAUAUUUUAUAUCGUUUUUGUAUAUUUUUCAUUAAAAAUGAAUAUAAAAUUAUUAAACCUUUA